AUGCAACUCUGCACAAAGGAGUCUUGGUGGCGCGUUCCCCACCUCAUGAAGCUGAAUUUGAUGCUUCUCAUCCCGUUUUUCACGAGUUAUAUCGGCGGCUUCGAUGGCAGCAUGCUCAACGGAAUCCAGACAGUCUCGCAUUGGCAAGAGGAUUUCAAUCACCCCUCGGGUUCUCUCCUCGGAGUCCUAGUGAACAUGCAGACGAUUGGUGGCGUUAUUUCCCUGCCUCUUGCACCCUGGAUGGCCGAUAAAUACGGCAGACGGCCCCCGAUUCUGCUGGGUUCCAGUAUCAUCAUCCUUGGCGCGGCCGUUCAAGGCGGAGCCCAGAACUUUGGCAUGUUCCUUGCCGGCCGCUUCUUCAUUGGCCUUGGUGGAGGAUUCGUUGCGACCGCUGCUGCACCACUCCUUGCAGAGCUGGCGUAUCCGACGCAUAGGCCCGUCAUCACCGCCAUCUACAAUACCCAAUGGUAUACUGGAGCUAUUGUUGCCGCCUGGGCAACGUAUGGCACCUUUAGAAUACCAAACAGCUGGAGUUGGCGAAUCCCUUCUCUUUUACAAGCACUUGUCUCUAUUUUCCAGGUAGCCUUGAUUUAUCUCGUCCCGGAAAGUCCAAGGUGGCUCGUCGCGAACGAUCAAAUAGAUAAAGCUACCAGGAUCCUUUGCAAGUACCACAGCGGCACUGAAGAACCAACCGAGCUCGUCAGACUUCAGAUGGCCGAGAUUAGCAGCGCCAUCGAGUUCGAGCGCGAACAAAAGUCCACUUCGUACUUCCAAUUCUUCCGGACAAAGGGAAACCGUCACCGGUUCUUCGUCGUCGGCAUCCUCGGUUUUAUUAUCCAGUGGUGUGGCAAUCAGCUUAUCUCAGGAUAUCUAGCUCUCGUUCUGCGAGGUAUUGGCAUCACCGACCCCGAGACCCAGAACCUCAUCAAUGGUGGCCUCCAGAUCUACAACUUUUUUAUCGCCGCGGGUUCUGCAACUCUCGUUAACCACCUUAGCCGGCGAUUCCUAUUCCUAACGUCCACUAUCGGGAUGCUGUGUGCAUUUAUUAUUUGGACCGGCCUCGCGGCACGGAAUCAACAGCUCGAGUUCGAGAAGGGUCUUGGCAUUGGUAUCGUCGCCAUGAUGUUCGUCUUCUAUACCUUUUACAACUUCGCCAUGAGCCCCCUCCCCAUUGCAUACAUACUAGAGAUAUUGCCGUAUUCGCUUCGUGCUAAGGGUUUAACCGUCUUUAAUCUUGCACAGUACUGCAGUGGGUUAUUUAACGGCUUUGUCAACCCGGUGGGGCUCGAGGACCUCCGUUGGAAGUACUAUAUUGUCUUUGUGUGCGCGCUGAUGGUGUGGCUGGCCGUUAUCUACUUCACCUUCCCAGAGACGCGUGGUCUGAGUCUGGAGGAGGUCAGCAUGAUUUUCGAUGGCAGGCAGGCGCUGGAGAGGACCUACGACAUCAAGGACGAGGGGCUUGUUCAUGAAGAACACACAGAGAAGUCGGCUCCUGAUGGGCAGACCAAGGAGCUCUGAUACCGACCUGAAACUCAGUCUCGGCAAGGCUUCGAUGCUUCUUCUCCCGGUCUCUGAGCAGUCUUUCAAAGGGGCGGGAGGGAGCGGAUGGGCUUGACAAUGAGAUGUCCCGGUAGUUGAGGAAAGGUGGCUGUUGCGGG